UGUUAGUAACUAACAUGUAGCAUGCCACUUCUCCUGAAUUUACCUUUUUACCCUCUUCUCGUCCCACCCUCUCUCUCUCUCCCUCUCUCUGUGAUUUUUGUCUUGAUGGUGAGACCGACGAGAGAGAGUCCCCAAUUGCUUCCAUUUCCAGAAAGCCCCAAUAACUGGGGAUUUGGGGAACCCUAUCCCCCUUCCGCUUAGCUCCAAUUCCUCGCAAUUCAAGCAUCAAGGUUCGAAAUUUGGGGGAAAAAAACUCCAUCUUGGAUUUCUCUUUUCACGUUUUGGACUCAGAGUUUUCAAUGUCAUGGCUUCAAAAAAGAUCAUAGCAAUUUGUCAAUCUGGUGGUGAAUUUGAGACUGACAAGGAUGGCUCGUUGUCAUAUAGAGGUGGGGAUGCUCAUGCAAUAGACAUUGAUGAUCAAAUGAAGUUUAAUGACUUCAGGAUGGAAGUAGCAGAAAUGUUUAAUUGUAACAUUGAAACAAUGUCUAUUAAAUACUUCCUCCCUGGUAAUAAGAAAACUCUAAUUACUGUCUCCAACGAUAAGGAUUUACAGCGGAUGAUAAAAUUUCAUGGGGAUUCUGUCACUGUGGAUGUUUAUAUCAUAAUGGAAGAAAUUGUUGCUCCUGAUGUUUCUAACAUGCCAGCCAGUAGGUCUAGUAGGACAACUUUGUCUGAAGCAGUGCCUCCUCUUGAUCCACCUCUAGAUGUUGUGGACAACAUUGUGGAUGAUACCACUCAACUCAAUCUUCCUCUCGGGGCCUCUCUUGAUGUUGUUGACACCAAUCAUAUCGAUGCACACAUUGAUUUGCCACCUGAGAUUUCUUCUAUUCUUCCUCUUGCUGUUUCUGUCAAUGAGAAGCAUGCUAAAGGUGCUCAGCAGUGGCAGAAUACAAUUACAGGGGUGGGGCAAAGAUUCAGUGGUGUUCAUGAAUUUCGUGAGUCAUUACGUAAAUAUGCCAUUGCACAUCAGUUUGCUUUUAGGUAUAAAAAGAAUGAUAGCCAUCGUGUGACGGUAAAGUGCAAAGCAGAAGGCUGCCCUUGGAGAAUUCAUGCAUCAAGGUUGUCAACCACCCAGCUAAUAUGUAUCAAGAAGAUGAAUCCAACGCAUACUUGUGAAGGGGCUGUUGUGACAACUGGGCAUCAAGCAACUAGGAGUUGGGUAGCUAGUAUAAUUAAGGAGAAGUUGAAAGUUUUCCCAAAUUACAAACCCAAGGAUAUCGUCAAUGACAUUAAACAGGAAUAUGGGAUACAACUGAACUACUUUCAGGCUUGGCGUGGGAAAGAAAUUGCCAAGGAGCAACUUCAAGGUUCGUAUAAGGAGGCAUAUAGUCAAUUACCAUAUUUCUGUGAAAGGAUAAUGGAGACCAAUCCUGGCAGUUUUGCUACGUUCACCACUAAGGAAGAUUCAAGUUUCCAUCGCCUCUUUAUCUCAUUCCAUGCCUCUUUGUGCGGUUUUGUACAAGGUUGCAGGCCUCUCCUUUUUCUUGAUAGCAUACCUUUGAAGUCCAAAUAUCAAGGCACAUUGUUGGCAGCAACUGCUGCAGAUGGGGAUGACAGUGUAUUUCCUGUUGCUUUUUCUGUUGUAGAUGCAGAAACUGAUGAUAACUGGCAUUGGUUUUUGUUACAACUGAAAUCAGCUCUGUCAACAUCUUGUCCUAUAACAUUUAUUGCAGACAGACAGAAGGGUUUAAGGGAAUCUAUCUCUGAGAUUUUCAAGGGUUCAUAUCAUGGUUAUUGUCUGCGCUACUUAACUGAGCAGCUCAUUAGAGACUUGAAAGGGCAGUUUUCCCAUGAGGUGAAACGGCUUAUGAUUGAAGACCUUUAUGCUGCAGCUUUAGCACCUAGACCUGAAGGCUUUCAGAGGAGUAUUGAGAGCAUCAAAAGUAUUUCGCUGGAAGCUUACAAUUGGAUCAUACAAAGUGAACCCCAGAAAUGGGCAAAUUCUUUUUUCCAGGGUGCUAGAUAUAACCAUAUGAUAUCAAACUUUGGGGAACUCUUUUAUAGUUGGGCAUCAGAUGCACAUGAAUUACCUAUAACACAGAUGGUUGAUCUCAUACGGGGAAAGAUUAUGGAGUUAAUUUAUACCCGGAGGGCUGAUUCUGAUCAGUGGUUGACAAGGCUGACUCCAUCCAUGGAGGAAAAGCUGGAAAAAGAGAGCUUGAAUGUCCGUCCCCUUCAAGUGCUACUGACUAGUGGUAGCAUAUUUGAGGUUCGUGGUGAGUCUAUUGAAGUGGUUGACAUGGAUCGUUGGGAUUGCAAUUGUAAAGGUUGGCAACUUACUGGUUUACCAUGCUGCCAUGCUAUUGCUGUUAUCAGUUGCAUUGGACGAAGCCCGUAUGAUUAUUGCUCCAGAUACUUUACAACUGAAAGCUACAGAUUAACCUAUGCUGAGACUGUACAACCUAUUCCAGAUGUGGACAGGGCUCUGCAGAAAGAUUCUUCCCAAGCUUUAGUGACUGUAACUCCUCCACCAACACGUCGUCCACCAGGUCGACCUACCACAAAGAAAGUUGGAUCACAAGAGGUAAUGAAGCGUCAACUCCAGUGUAGUAGAUGCAAGGGUCUUGGGCACAACAAGUCCACAUGCAAAGAGCUCUUGUAGAGGACACUGGAUCAGAUUAAGGAUCAAGUGCAUCAGAUUCUGCACAUCUAACAACUCUUUGGAAGUAGUUGAAAGACACGGUGGGAGCAGUGCUGUUAAUAUUAAUAAUGAGAUCAAUUGUUAGUGAUGUAUCUAAUGGUAGUUAUUCUAUGUCAUUUAUUCUUUAUUAGGUGUACUUCUAACUCCAUUUGGUUCCUAGUGAAAGGUUAUGAUUAAUGACCAUGGCAAUAAUUAGUAUGAAAACAAUGGUUCUUAAAACUAGCUAUUCCUACCUUGUUGAUGUACAUAGGUUGAUAAUUGGAUAAGAUGGCAUCUGGUUUUUUGACACCUGCUUUAUGUAAUGCUGUUACAGUAGAAACAAGCAGCCAAUGUUCAUGAUGGAAAAUCAAAGACUGGGGGUUCAGAGCUGUACACUUGCUUAGAAAUGUAUAUGAAUCUGGGUGGUGGAAUGCUAGUUUAGUUA